AGAAUUGACCGUUAAUGGUGACUUUACCAUCCAAAAAUUUCUAUACUGUGGGGCCUUAUCUCUCUCCCCUUGCCCAAAGGUAUGACCAUGAGGAACAAAAAUAAAAGAACUGGGCACUACCUCGUGAAGAAGAAGCGCCAGGAGCGUCCUUGCUGUGUGACCUGACCCUCACUAUUUACAUUCUCCAUCUGUAAAAAACUGUGAUCCUCCUCACCUACCUAACCUCAUAAAUAUGAUCGAAAAUAUGAACUUGGUUUUGAUUAUUUUCUAGAGAUAGUCACUCCUGCAUGAGUUUUUUAAACCUUCAAGUUAGACAAAGAAAGAUAGAAAUCAGCCAUGGGAGGGUGCGAUGAUGAAGAUUAUGAUCAUGAGCCAAGUCCUGCACCUAAACUCUCCUUACUUUCGCUUCCAAACAAGCCAUAUGAGCAACAACAACAGCAACCAGGUCUAUUGACUCCACCAAUCCAUGCCCCAGCAUCAGUUCCAUUCAAGUGGGAGGAAGCACCAGGCAAGCCAAGACCUUCCUGCACCAACAACAAAAGCAACAGCAACAAUCAUCACCCCAAGCCCAAGACUGCAAAGAGGUGCCUAGAUUUGCCUCCGAGGCUGUUAUUUGAGGCCAGUAAGGUUAAUAAUAUACCUUCUCCUACAACUGUUUUAGAUGGUCCUUAUAUGGGCACUACUACUACUCGUGAUGAUCAUCAGUCUCUGUCUCGGUCUCGAUCACUGUCGUUUGGGAAAGGAAGGUCGUUUAUUGGGUUACAGAAGUUGAACAAGAAAGGGUCUAGCAGGUGGGGGAGUUUCAGAAAGGACAGUAACACUAAAGAGGUCGUUUGUGAUGGGAGUGUUGACUUUUCUGUACCUUGUGGUUUUGAUGAUGGUGAUCAUGGUAGUAAGGUGAAGAUCACAAGGAUUAAAAGGAAACCUAGUUUUCUCACGAGCUUCUCUUCCUCUUCAAGAUCACAUUUGUGGACAAACAUCUACGAAGGCUUUAAGCAGGUGGUCCCAUGGAGACGUAGGCAGAGAAAAUGAGUGCUAUAUAUAUAUAUAUAUAGCCAGAGCCCAACUUUUGAGAUCUCCUUGAUCAUGUAAUCACCGCGUGCCAAAGUGGUGUAAUCUAAUCUCCUUAAAAACUUGAAACUUGUAAAUAGAAAUAAUGAAGAAUGAUGAUGUUAUGUAAUAAUAUUUUGGUGACUGCCAACUUACUUUCAUCUGAUAGUCAUUUUGUUGUC